AUGGGUCCAGAUCUGAGGAACAGUCUGAGCCAGCGGUUUUCUCUCCAUGGCCAGCUCACUCCCGAAAGCACCUCCUCCUCCUCCUCCUCCUCCUCACAGAAGGCCAAAGGGAACAGAGCGAGGACGAACCAGCUCAUUCACCUCGGUGCUCUCUCCGGCUCUGUGCUGGAAGAGGAGGAGGAGACGAGUUUCGUAGCAAUGGAUGUGAGGAAGGUGUGCACUCGGAGCGCAUGGCUGAGGAGGAAGAGGCCUCGGCCGUACGAGCGGAGCAGGUUCUCCUCCUCCUCCUCUUCCUUGCUACGCCGCUGGAUGUCUCGGCUGUGCUGCGCAUCUCGCGCCUGCUCCUCCAGCCUCAGCGCUUCAGAUCAGUCACUCCUGCAGCCGAGCUGCUGUACCAGGCCAAGAGGAGCUCAAGGGAUGGUAGGAGAUUCUGUAGACAGUGGGACAAAGGAGUACCAGCAGGAAGAAUGGGAGCAAACGGGGGAGGACCAGGAUGAGGAAGUGCUAGAGGAGGAUAACGAUGACAACCAGAAUGACGAUUACAAUAACGACAAUGCCAACGAUUCUGAAAACGAUGAGGAAGACGAGGAAGAAGUCGACGUGGAUGUGGAUGUGGAUGAGUGUGAAGCAAAAGACGAAGAAGAAAGAGGUGAAGACGGUCAGGAUCUGGGUCCCCCUCCAUCAGUAGACGAAGCCGCAAACACCCUGAUGACAAGACUCGGGUUCUUGCUUGGGGACAAAAUGGGUGAGGGGUCUGAGAGAGCGGUGUACGGCUACGAGGAAGCAGAAGAAAGUCAGGCUGUCUCCAUGACUCAGAGAAUCAGUCCUUGUUCCAGUCUGGCCAGUAGCUCGGCGUCGCCCCCUCCUGGCAGCCCCUGCUCCACUCUUCCGGCUGGUGGUCCAGGUAGCGCCGGUGCCUACGGCUCCAUUACGAGUCCCACGUCUACUCUGGAGAGCAGAGACAGCGGCAUCAUCGCCACACUGACCAGUUACUCGGAGAACGCGGAUCGGGGAGGGAAGCACAGCGACGGCUCGCGCCUCAAACUGAGGCAGACGGGGAAAUCUUCAGGUGGCGACUCCUUCCUGUACCGCGUGGACGAGAACAUGGCUGCCUCCACAUACAGCCUCAACAAAAUCCCAGAGAGAAGCCUAGAGCACUCCACUUCCCACUCCGCCCACUCCAUCCCCCUCUACCUCAUGCCCCGCCCAAACUCCGUAGCAGGUGAGCGAGCUGAAGGAUCUGUCAGACGUUUGCUUUGGUUUGCUUUGUGUUUUAUAAGAUAAAAUCGAUUCGAGUCACAUAUUGUAAAUGUUUAACAGGUAGAUUUAGGGGAGAAAAGAGGGCAGGACUGAUCAGCUGUCAUGAUGGUUAUGAGGUUAUUUUUGUACAGUUCUUGGUACAGAUCAGGUUUGUGUGGUAAAAGUACUUUUGCAGGAACCCUUAAGCACACAGGUUGUUUGGGUGGGGUCU